UGUCAGUACACUUUAAACUACCGGUUUAACAUGAAGCUUGGCAUAUCUAAUCCCAUGAGAUGAAGUUCAUAUUCGAGUGUUUCUUAAGAGUUGAUACUAUUUAAUUCGAUACCAGAAACAUUUACUGGGCCAAUUACGGACGGCACAUCAUUUUCCAGAAAUAUAUACUACACGAGGAUCUAAUUCAAUCCGAAUAGAGGAGGAAGGAGAGGAUGCAGCGGAGCUUUCUUCACAGGGUCGUUAAAUUCGGUGUAGAAGAUCUAAAUGCCUUCAUUACUGUGUUGCGGAGCAGAGUCUGGAGGGUCGAGUUGCAGCGACGAGGAGCUUCAAAGAAGACGUCAGCAGCCGUUGCUACCCUCGGACGACCUCCCAUUGUGCCCAGAAGUGCUGGCUUUCUCCUCUGCGGCGUAUUUCCUGUGGUGAAAGCCUGGUCUCCUUGGGUCAAGAAGAAGAAGGGUGGAGAGAAGGAAGACGAGGACAAUAAAAACCAAACAACGUCUCGCUCAAACAACUCAUCCUCCUCUCCACUUCGAUUAGUCGACAAGAAGGACAAGCAGUUGAGAGUCGAUAUUGCACAAGCAGAUGAGUGGUUCGAGAGCGGCAAUACUGCAAAUUAUGAGAAGGCCUUUGACAUUUUGAUGCUUCACUUGGAAAAACGAGAACCGGAAGUAUUGUGGCGUUUGGGAAGAUUGACCUAUGAAAAGUCCAAGGUGGCGCAAACGAAGGACGAGAAACGGCAGCGAAUUGAGGAAGCUUAUGAUCUCGUCUUUAAAUCAAUGACAAUUGACGAGAAAAACUUUGCCGUGCACAAAUGGAUGGCCAUCCUUCUCAACGAGUUGAGCACUUUUAAGGGGAUCAAGGACCAAUUGCUGACAUCAGUCAAUGUCAAAAGGCACAUGCUUAGAGCAGUGGAACUAAACCCUGAAGAUGCGACGAGUAUUUACUUGCUCGGCGUUUGGUGCUAUUCUGUGGCUGACAUUCCUUGGUAUCAAAGAAAAGUCGCCGAAACAUUGUUCGCAAAACCGCCCGAGUGCCAGUUCGAGGAAGCGUAUAAACACUUUCUCCGAGCAGAAUAUACGCAGCCAGGAUUUUACAGUAUGAACUUGCUGAUGUUGGCAAAAUCUUGCGUUAAAACCGGAGACAUGGAAAAGGCUGAGCAGUAUCUGUGGAAGCUACAAAAGGUGAAAGUGAAAACUCAGGACGAUUUUAUGGCCAAGAAGGAAGGGAAGCAGUUAAGAGAAAAAUUAUUCAAAGCUGGGAAUAAUUAUAGUACCACAGGAGAGUCAGCGGAACAGGAAAAAACAUGACCAACAUUAGACAAGUAUACAUAUAAUGCCCUACAAUAUUGUGAUUAUGAUCCGUCAACGUUUUAAGAUUAAAAAUAUUUUAUUAUAUUAUACAAUCUAUAAA